AUGCAACCAUACUCCAGAUCUGGUGGUACCAGAAGAUGUUUUUAUGAAUUCCAAACAUUAGUGGCAUGUUACACUUCUGCUGAUACCGUUUCCAAGAAAGAAUGUACUCCAAAUUUCGAUGAUUACUUUGAAUGUUUACAUGGUUUUAAAGAAAGAGAAAGAACUAGACUUAUGUUGCAACAAUUGAAAGAAAACGAAACCACUAAAAAUGGUGUCACUGCAUCUGAUUUGUAUAAAUCAGCCGGUGCUGUAUACGAAAACUUAGAUUUAGUCAAAUAAAUCCAUGAAGAUACUUAACCAUUUGGUUCAAUAUUCCGUUCAAGCAUUUUAUUUGUCACUUGCUUAAGGCCAUCACUUUCCUCGUUGUAAAAUAGCAUUCAUUCUUUGAAAAACAAGAAUGACCAUAUACUCUUCUUUUUUUCUAUUUAUUAAAAUUUUUCAGCUUAAGGGUUGAUAAAUUUUUGGUUCAUACUAAAC